AAACUGUCGUUAGUAUAAGUCGGUGUUGUUGCUUGUUGUCGGUUCUGGCUCUCUCUCUCUCUCGAAUUACGAGGGUUGAUGCAGAUCGCGUGGGAUGAGAGCGGAGUCAGUCGAACACCAGCAGCGAUCCGACGCGGACAUAUUCUAAUAAAUAACAAAACGAAACAUAGCAGGCAAAGGUGUUCUUCUUCCGGGAAUAUUUAUUAUAACCCUACAAAAUCAGAAGUGGGCCGAUCUUGUGCCAAGUGAACAAUUAAAUAAAACGAAAAUGGACGUUAGCAACGCAUCAAUUGCGCAAUUAAAAAAGUGGUUGAGUGUGUUACAGCUACCAACAACAGGAACAAAGCGCGAGUUAAUAUUGCGUUUAAGCAAAAUGUCAACGGAAUCGCGUAAUUAUCUGGAAUCAGUUAGUAAUCAAGACGAAGACGGCGAUGGAAGCAACGGUGGAGAUGAAUAUGAGGAAAAUUUGGACUUAGAGAACAACGGAGAUGAAAACGAUAAUGGCGACGAAGAAGGAGGCAAAAACAACGACGAAGCUGGAGGUGAAGGAAACGACAAACAAGGAGGUGAAACUAAAGGAAAAGUUGGCGGUAAAAAUGAGAGCAAAGUUGGCGGCGAUCAAAGCGGAAAAGACGGAGACAAAAGGAGCAACAAAGAUGGAGACGGGAGCAGCAGCAAAGACGGCGGCGAAAACAACAACGACGACGGCGGCGAGGGAGAAGACAAAGUUGAAAAUUGUGCACGCAAUGACAAGAAUAAAGCCGGCAGCAGCAGCGCAAAAGCAGGCGCCAAAGAAGCGGUGGAAAAAGGCAAUACUGAGAAGUCGAAGUUCUUGGAAUUUUACAACCCAAGCAUCGACGUUUCGUUAAGCAUGGCAACACAGGUUUUGAGUGAAUUUUCGGGUGAAACUUGCGCACGAAAAUGGAUUACGCAAAUGAAUAAUAUUGCAACCAUUUAUGGAAUUAGUGGACAAUAUAUUAAGAUGUUGAUGAUUAGCAAAAUCAAAGGAAAAGCAAAUGUGUGGCUACAUGCAAACCCUGAGCGCAUCAUGCUACCGUUGGAGGAGUUAACCGCUGAGCUAAUCUCAAUGUUUUCGGAUAAAGUUUCGAAGUUAGAGGCAAGGCGUCAAUUCGAGAACCGUAAAUGGAGUUCAGGUGAAAGUUUUGGAAGCUACGUGGACGACAAGGUGAUGCUUGGUCAGAGAAUCAACAUAGAUACAGAAGAAAUGAUAAGUCGCAUCAUUGAAGGAAUUCCUUAUCAAGGGCUGCGUAAUCAAGCACAUAUUCAGUGCUUUGAAAAUGUUGCACUUAUCAAACGUGCAUUUGCGGAAGUGGAGUUGCCUAAAGCUCAUGGUGACAAAAAGGAGGCAGCAGUAAACAAGGACGAGAAGGACAGCAAGGACAGCAAGGACAGCAAGGACACGCGUUGCUAUAAUUGCAAUGCUAAAGGACAUUGGGUACAUGAGUGCAGGAAGCCAAGGCGGGAGAAAGGUUCGUGCUAUGCAUGUGGCGAAAUGGGACAUUUUGUGGCGAAGUGUCAGAAAAACAAAAUUAAGAACGAGGGCAAGAACAAUUAUAAUGCCUCAUAGAUACAGGAAGCCCAAUUUCUUUUAUUAAAAUUUCUAAAGUACCCGAAUCAUGGGUAAUUUCAUUCAUAUCAUGGAAUAAAUGAAAGUUGUUUGGAAACUUAUGGCAGAAUAUUAUGUUAUAUAAAGAAAAAAGUCAAUAAAAUAUAUUUUUAUUUAGUUGUUGUGGCAAACAAAUCUAUGAGUCAUGAUGUAGUUUUGGGAAGGGAUUUUAUGGAAGCAUGUGAUCUAAAUCUGAACCUUGACACCUUGAAGUUGGUUACGGUAGAAAUCUUAGAGAAUGUUAAAAACAGUUAUGAUGUUAGUGAUGAAGAGCAAAUAAUUAGUGAUGUUGACGUUAAACAGAAAAGAAUUGGUGAUGUUAAUAAGGUUAGUGGUGAAAGUCGGAUAAUAAGCAAAGAAGUAAUAGUUAGUCAUGAACCAAAGAUUAGAAAUGCAGUUAGGUUUCAAGAAGCAACGGAAGUUGACAUAAAUAUAGUGGAAAAGGAACUGAUGAAUAUUGAUAUGGAAGAUGAAUCUGUAGAAUACAAAAUUGGUGAACAAGUGGAUUAUAAGGUUAGACAGCAAUUUAUUAAAAUUAUAGAAAAUUUUUAUGUUAAUAAACAAAGACCAAAGGAACCAGAGGUUAAGUGUGAAAUAAAGCUGAGGUUGGAUGACUCGAAACCUUUUAGCAGUUCUCCGAGACGGUUAGCUUAUACAGAGAAAGAAAAGUUACAGAGCAUAUUAGACGAGUACUUAAAAGAGGGAAUUAUUAGGCCGAGUGAGUCAGAAUAUGCAUCUCCAAUAGUGUUAGUUAAGAAAAAAACAGGUGAUUUGCGAUUAUGUGUGGAUUACAGGAAGCUUAAUAAGACAAUGAUUAAAGAUAAUUAUCCAUUACCCUUAAUUGAUGAUUUAUUGAACACAUUAGUAAAUAAGACUAUAUUCUCUAAAUUAGAUCUUAAACAUGGAUACUUUCAUGUGUUUGUUGAGAAUGAAUCAAUCAAAUAUACUUCAUUUAUGACGCCGCUAGGGCAGUUUGAAUUCAUGCGGAUGCCAAUGGGCUUAAAAAACGCACCGGCGGUGUUUCAAAGAUUUAUCAAUAAAAUUUUUGCAGACAUGAUAAGAGAAGGAAAAGUGGUUAUAUACAUGGACGAUAUUAUGAUCGCGAGUAAAGAAAUUGAAGAACAUUUGAGUGUACUUAAAGAAGUUUUUGAAAGAUUAGCGAGAAACAAAUUAGAACUAAGAAUGGAUAAAUGCGAGUUUCUACAAGCGAGUGUUCAAUACUUAGGCUUUUUGGUGUCGAGUGAAGGAAUACAAGCAAAUGAUAAAGGAAUUGAAGCCAUCAGAGAUUUUCCAGUCCCCAACAAAGUGCAUGGAGUUAGAAGCUUUUUAGGAUUGUGUUCAUAUUUUAGAAGAUUUAUAAAGGAUUUUUCGAGGAUUGCAAAACCAUUAUAUGAAUUGUUGAAAAAAGAUUGCGAAUUCGUGUUUGGAGAAAAAGAGUUAGAUUGUUUUGAAAUGCUAAAAAAGAAGCUCAUAGAAGCACCGGUACUAGGUUUAUAUUAUUAUAAGGAUGAGGUAGAACUACACACAGACGCAAGUGCACAUGGUUUUGGUGCGGUAUUAUUACAGAGGAAAGAGGAUAAGAAAUUGCAUCCUAUAUUUUAUUUUUCGAAAGCUACAACGAAAGAUGAGGCAAAAUAUCAUAGCUUUGAGCUUGAAACGUUAGCCAUUAUUUAUGCUCUACGAUGAUUCCGAAUAUAUGUGCAAGGUAGACGGUUUAGAAUUGUUACUGAUUGUAAUUCAUUGACGUUGACGUUGAACAGAAUAGAACUUAACCCGCGUAUUGCGAGGUGGGCGUUAGAGUUACUCGAGUAUGACUUUGAGUUAGUUCAUAAGUCGGGAAAGCUUAUGCAACAUGUAGAUGCCUUAAGUAGGAAUACUAACAUAUGUGUAGUAGAAACGGUGAGUUUUGAAGACAAUUUA